CUGACCUGUUCAUUUGGUUCCUUAUGCUGUUGCGGGGCUGGCAGUCCCUAGCUGUCUGCCUGCUUUCCCGCCACCAAUUCUCCAACUUGAUAGCCGGUGUUUCGCCUCUCUUGAUGCCUGAAGGCCCAAAGCGGCCUCGACGGGAGGAGAGACUCAUGGCGCCUAAGAUCGGCACCCAUAACGGGACUUUCCAUUGCGACGAGGCGCUGGCGUGUUACCUCCUGCGGACACUGGAGCCUUACAGGGAUGCAGAGAUUGUCAGGACUCGGGACCCUCAGUUGUUGGCAGAAUGUGAUGUAGUGGUGGAUGUUGGUGGAGAAUAUGAUCCAAGCAGGCACCGUUAUGACCACCAUCAGAGGGCUUUUUGUGAGACCAUGCACAGCCUGUUUCCAGAAAAGCCCUGGUCUACCAAGCUGAGCAGUGCAGGCCUGGUUUAUGCUCACUUUGGAAAUCAAAUUCUGGCAACUCUUCUAGUUACAGAGGAGGAAGAUCCCAUCAUACCUGUUCUUUAUGACAAGAUGUAUGAGAGCUUUGUUGAAGAAAUCGAUGCUAUAGACAACGGAAUCUCACAGUAUGAUGGAGAGCCACGAUAUUCUGUUACAACCAACUUAAGCUCUCGUGUGGGACAUCUCAAUCCUCGUUGGAAUGAGCAGGAUCAAGACACUGAGGCUGGGUUUAGGAAGGCAAUGGAAUUGGUUGGAGCAGAGUUUGUGUCUCGUCUGGACUUUUAUCACAGAUCUUGGUUGCCAGCUAGAGCACUUGUUGAGAAUGCCAUCAAGGACAGAUUACAGGUGGAUGUGAGUGGAGAGGUGAUUGUUUUGGCCCAGGGUGGAUGUCCUUGGAAAGAGCACCUUUUCCAACUAGAGAGAGAGCUUAACUUGGAGAAACACUUCAAAUAUGUGUUGUAUCCUGAUCAGAGUGCCCAGUGGAGGGUGCAAUGUGUUCCCACAGGUCCAAGCACUUUUCAGAACAGGCUUUCACUGCCAGAAGACUGGCGUGGACUACGUGCUGACGAGCUGUCGUCUGUCAGUGGAAUUCCUGGUUGUAUUUUUGUUCAUGUCAGUGGUUUCAUUGGUGGAAAUGAAACACAAGAAGGAGCGCUUGAAAUGGCUCGCAAGGCUUUGAGAUCUUAGAGGUUUCUCAUACAGCAUGUGUUACACAGGUGUUUGAUACACCUAAGGAACUAUCAUCCUUUGUAUUUAUAUCAUGUGACAUGAGUAAAUAUUUUUGUAUUCGA